AUGAGACGCCACACGGUGUGCGCUUUUUUACAAACGAACGCGGGCGGCGUGAACGUCCAGCAGCUUUGCUCGUGUCCCGAUUCACCUUGUCCGACGAUUUGGGACCCCGAAGACGGCUAUUCCAUCACUCAGGAAUCGGACCAAUAUAAGUUCUGCGACCCCGUGCCAUCGUACUCCCGUCGCCCGUGCAGCGAAAAGGAGGUGGCGUACCGGAGCCACACGUUCUACGACCUGGCCACCGGCGAGAAGGUGCGGACGGAGGACUUCGUCCCCUGCACCUGCCCGCACGGGCACGUGCUGACGCCGGGAGACGCGAGCUCCGGGACCCGGGAUCAAUACGAGGUCUUCAUCUCGACUUCCCUUUGCUCACCUGUAAGCCUCCCUUUUGCUCACCUGUAA